AUGAAGCUCGUAGCGCUUCUUUCUGGGGGGAAGGAUAGCUGCUACAACCUAAUGCACUGCGUAAGGAAUGGCCAUGCUGUCAUUGCAGCUGCAUCACUUCGGCCAAAUAUUGGCAAAGAGGAGCUUGACUCCUUCAUGUAUCAGACGGUUGGACAAGAUGCCAUAGAAUACGUUGCAAAAGCACUUGCGGUCCCGCUUUAUCGUCACGUCAUAAAUGGAUUCGCUCUUGAACAAGGAUCAGAGUAUGGUUCUCGGUUAAUCCCAUCGCAAGUAGCGCCUUCGAGCAGUGCGAGCCAUACUGGUGUGGAAGGGGAUGAGACAGAGGAUAUGUUUGAGUUAUUGAAAAUCGUGAAGGAUAAUCAUCCUGAAAUAGAGGGCGUAUCUGUUGGUGCGAUUUUGUCAAAUUAUCAGCGUAUUCGUGUGGAACAUGUUUGCCGUCGGCUGGGCCUUACUUCGCUUAGCUAUCUAUGGCAACGAAACCAAAGGGAGCUUCUUUCAGAGAUGAUCGAGGCUGGUCUAGAGGCCGUUAUUAUUAAGGUAGCUGGUCUUGGUCUGUAUCCCAAGCAUCUCGGACGAACCUUGGCGCAAAUGCAACCUGAACUCGAAAGACUUUGCAUGCUGUAUGGAUCUCAUAUUUGCGGGGAGGGUGGGGAAUACGAGACACUCACUUUGGAGUGUCCCAUAUUUCACCGCCGAAUCAGCCUCCGACAAGUCGAAACGGUGAUGCACUCAACUAGUGACAUUGCCCCCGUCGCAUAUCUAAGGAUACUGGGUGCUGACCUGAUUGAAAACGAUUCGCAUUCUACAAGUUUUGUUGUGGGAAUCCCUCCUAUGCUCGACGAACUGGGCGUGGCCGUUAAGGUUUCAGCGGAGAAUCUCUCACAGACCGCCAUUCUUACUCCAUUGAAGCUCCAAUCACCUCCUCUCCCGUCUCCUCAUUUCCCAACAUGCGCGAUGAACAGCGCCUUCUCGGACAGUCGCAAGUGGGUUUCCCUAUCAAAUGUACAAGGAAGCACGACAGAGUUGCUGUCUAUAGAAGAGGAGUGUGCACAAUGUUGGGAUCUCGUUUCAGACAUGCUUAGCCGGCACUCCUUGAACCUUUCCCACAUAUCUCAUGUCAACGUCUACCUGGGUACCAUGGAACACUUUCCAUACAUCAACAUGGCAAUGUACCAAUUAUUUGGCACCAGUCCGCCCACUCGCGCUUGCGUGGCAAUCAAUCUUCCCUCGCCAGCACGCGUUCGAUUGGACGUCAUAGCAUGCAGUGGACUUCAGCCUGGUGACCGCAGAGCCCUUCAUGUUCAAAGCAUGAGCUACUGGGCACCAGCAAACAUUGGGCCAUAUUCUCAAUGUGUAUCGAUUGGCCAGAGAUUGUUUAUUUCUGGUCAGAUUGGGCUGAUACCCAGCUCUAUGACGAUGCCUUCGCCGAAAUCUUUGCCUCUUGAAGUCGCCCUUUCUUUGCAGCAUGUUCGGAGAAUUGCUCGUUGCAUGUCCGAGAUGAUCGAUCAGAAAGGAGCAGGGAAGGAGAUUGCUCAAAGUGCCAUCUUCUGGCUCGAAGCUAGAGAGUGUGCAGCUCAAGAUGUGCAAAUAGUCGCGGCUGCUUGGAACAAGCACUCAAACGUGCGCUUUCACGGGCGAGGUCCUCAUUUCGCUCUGAUCGGCUAA